AUGACUUCAAUACAGCUUUCCCUGACGCACUUCUGCGAAGUGCAUGGGCCCACCUCUAUCAUCUGCUCUCAGGUCGUCCCUUUCUCCUGCACUCAAUGCCAUCCCGACCACGAUGAGACCACUCUAUCCACCACCUCUUCCUCUCCUCGCGAGUCUACUUCACCAGACCUCAGAUCUACUGAGCCAUCCUCCGGCUCCAAAUCACCCAAGAUCGAAGACCACCCGUACUUCAUGCGGGCACAACAACCUACCUCCCCCGAGGAUCGUUCCAACCGGGUCGGCGGCGCAGAUGGCGACACAUGCGCCAGUUGUAGCCUAUCUCUACCCGAAGGCGUGAGCAGGCAACUACCAGCCGGGGCUCCCGGAAAUCGCGACAACAAGAACAGCAGCAGCCCCGUCCUGCGAUCGCGCGAGGUUGUCAAUUCAUGCGGCAGCAGCCAUUCCGACCUCGAUGACGACACCUUCGACUCUCACGCCCAUUCCUCUCCCCCAGAAUCUCUGCAUUCUUCUUCCGUUGCGUCUGACGCAUCAUGUCAUACCCAUAUCCUCACCUACCUCUCACUCCGCGGUCCUCCGAACCCCACGGACUAUGCGCUUCUCCGACGCUCCUCGAUUCGCACACUGAGCUGUGAGCUUCUCCCCCGCGGUCUGUCCUCCGGCCCUCUGUGCUUCGGCGACUCCGUGGCUGGCUACACAAUUGCAUACAUUUUCCGCCUUCCGGACCCUAUGGCGCGUGGCAAGCGACGCAGCUAUGCCUUGGUGGCUCUGGCCGGAAAGGAUGCCGGAAGAGCUUUUCGAGCCUGCCCCAUCAUCUGGCGCGCAUUUGGCCGGAUCGCAUCCAGCAUUGUAAGUGCUGCGGAGCGUUUCCAAGAAGAGGAAAAACGCCGCGAGGAACAGACCAACUCCGCAAACAAGGCCGCUGGCCGACAGCAACCCCCUGUUUCCUCUUUCCUGACCGGCCGUGCCAUGGACCCGACAGGUAACUCGCGACGGCUCGGCCAGAUCCGUGCGCGCAAUCUCGCAGAGAUUGUCGGCAACGAGUACAUCUUCACUGAGCUUCACGCCCACUUUGUGGCGUUGCUACAGCAGCUGGGCUCGAUGUUUGGUGGCGUUCCUAUCUCCGAUGAACGCUUUGUCUGCAGUACCGUGGGAGAUGAGGCAAGUGCUGGCGCCGACCAGCCGGUUCUCGUUUCAACUAGUGCAGAACGCGCCAAGAAACAUCAGUCUACAUCUAACUACGAUGGCAACGAUCUUGACAUGGGCAAGCUCAACAUCACCUCCGGCCCUCAGCCGAUUCCCAUUACCACCCGCCGGUCCGUUGUGGCCUGA